AUGGAAGCUGAAAGGAGCAGUCUUGGAGGUUUUUGCAGGUGCCCAUUGGAGUCUGUGAGGCAAGAAGGAGGUGGAUGGGGUGAUGGGAAGAAGAAAUGGGGGAAGAUUGAAGGUGUCCAUGGGGGUUUUCAGUUGAGGAGGUUGAAAAGGUGCAGUCUUUAUUAUUAUGGCCAGUUCUUGUUUCUGUUUCUGCUGCAAAUUUGUGGGGGUUAUUUGGUUUCAAGUCAGGGUUGGGAUGGUGUGAUUAUCACCCAGGCUGAUUUUCAGGCACUGCAAGCCUUCAAGCAGGGGUUGGUUGAUCCAAAAGGGUUCUUGAAAAGCUGGAAUGAUAGUGGGGUUGGGGCUUGUUCUGGGGAUUGGGUAGGGAUUAAGUGUGCUCAAGGUCAAGUGAUUGUGAUUCAGCUGCCAUGGAAAGGGCUGGGUGGUAAGAUUACUGACAAGAUUGGUCAGUUUCAGGCUCUCAGAAAACUCAGCCUCCAUGAUAAUGUGAUUGGUGGUUCAAUCCCAACAACUAUGGGGCUUCUGCCUAACCUCAGAGGUGUUCAGCUCUUCAAUAACAGGUUUACAGGUUCUAUCCCUGCUUCACUUGGCUUCUGUAGAAUGCUUCAAACACUUGAUCUUAGUAACAAUUCAUUUUCUGGGUCAAUCCCAGAUAGUUUAGUGAAUUCAACUAAGCUCUUUAGGCUUAAUGUUAGCUAUAAUUCUUUGUCUGGUUCAAUCCCCAGAACCCUCACUCAAUCCCCCUCCAUUAUCUUUCUUGAUCUCAAGAACAAUAACCUCUCUGGCCCUAUCCCUGAUUCCUGGGGUGGGAAUAGCCUUUCUCAGCUUAAGUUCUUGUCACUUGAUCACAAUUCUUUCUCUGGAACCAUUCCUGCUUCCAUAGGCAAGCUUAAUGAGCUUCAAGACCUUUCACUUAGUCAUAACCAUUUGAGUGGUUUUAUCCCAAAUGAUAUUGCGAAGCUUUCUAGGCUCAGAACACUCGAUCUUUCGUAUAAUUCGGUUAAUGGGAGCUUUCUUGAAAGCCUCUCGAAUCUGUCAUCUCUGGUGGUGUUGAAAUUGGAGAGCAACCAAUUGGGUGAUCAAAUCCCAGGCUCUAUAGAUAAGUUGCAGAAGUUGUCUGUUCUGAGCUUGCAGAACAACAAAUUUGGUGGUGAAAUUCCAGCUACAAUUGGGAAUAUUUCCACCCUUACAGAACUAGAUUUUUCCCAGAAUAAUUUCAGUGGAGAAAUCCCAGAAUCCCUUGAUGAUCUACCCAACCUUAAUCUCUUCAAUGUCUCCUACAACACCCUUUCUGGCCGGGUUCCUACCCGCCUUUCUCAAACAUUCAAUUCAAGUGCCUUUGCUGGUAAUCUCCAGCUCUGUGGCUACAGCCCUUCGACCCCGUGUCCUAUAACACCCGCUCCUGCUACCCCGGAAGCUCCAUCGCCCCCCGAAACUCCACAAAACCACGGUCAUAGCCUCGGUACUAAAGACAUUAUCCUCAUUGCAGCAGGAGCACUCCUCGUAAUCCUGCUCCUCCUUUGUUGCAUUCUGAUAAGUUGCUUAGUCAAGAAACGAGCCGCUUCUAAGGCAGAAAAGGACGGUCCUGGGGCCGGGGCUGCUGCCUCCUCGGGUAGGGGAGAAAAAGGCGUCCCCCCGACAGCUGGGGAAGUCGAAGCAGCUGGAGAAACAGGAGGAAAGUUAGUCCAUUUCGAUGGCCCAAUGGUGUUUGCUGCAGAUGAUCUUCUUUGUGCCACUGCAGAGAUAAUGGGGAAGAGCACCUAUGGAACAGUGUACAAAGCCACUUUGGAAGAUGGCAAUCAAGUUGCAGUGAAGAGAUUGAGGGAGAAGAUCACGAAAGGGCAAAGAGAAUUCGAGAGCGAAGUUAACAUUCUUGGGAAAAUCAGGCAUCCUAACCUUCUUGCCUUGAGAGCUUAUUACUUAGGUCCCAAAGGAGAGAAACUUCUGGUUUUCGACUACAUGGCUAAAGGGAGCCUCACAACUUAUCUUCAUGCUGCAGCUCGGGGUCCUGAUACAACAGUAGAUUGGCCGACAAGAAUGAGAAUAGCGAAAGGGAUUGCUCGGGGAUUGCUCUAUCUCCACACGAAUGCGAAUAUAAUUCAUGGAAAUCUAACAUCCAGCAACGUCUUGCUAGACGAAACCACCACUGCAAAGAUUGCAGACUAUGGCCUCUCGCGCCUGAUGACUGCUGCUGCGAAUGCAAACGUGAUUGCAACUGCAGGGGCGUUAGGAUAUCGUGCACCCGAGCUUUCGAAGCUCAAGAAGGCGAAUACAAAGACAGAUGUUUAUAGCCUUGGAGUCAUCAUCCUCGAACUCCUAACCGGGAAGUCACCCGGGGAGGCAAUGAAUGGCGUGGACUUGCCUCAAUGGGUUGCCUCGAUUGUGAAAGAGGAGUGGACUAAUGAAGUUUUCGAUUUGGAACUUAUGAGGGAUGCUUCGACGAUUGGCGAUGAACUGUUGAACACGUUGAAACUCGCCCUGCAUUGCGUGGACCCUUCGCCUUCGGCUCGCCCUGAAGUUCAGUUAGUUCUUCAACAGCUCGAAGAAAUUAAACCCGAAACUGCAUCCAGUUCGGGCGACGAUGGUGCAACAGCAGCAGCAGCAGCUCCUACAAGUGAUUAGAGGCGAAUACUAUGAUCUAUGAUUGAGGUGUUAGGAUGACACUAUUCUUUCAUUCUUGAAUUUUUUGUGUUGCUCAUUUCAGUUCUUUUCUCUAGUACUUUGCUGUGUACAUAUGUGUGUGAUUCUUUUGAAGGUUAAAACAGAAAUGGAAUCCUACCAAUUCCAUGUUUUCUAUAAUAGAUGAAGC